AUGUAUUUACAAAGCUGCGCCUAUCCGCAAAAGUCUGACUUUGGCUACCGCCAGCACGAGCCUGCUCCUCCGUGGAAAUGGACUCUCCACCAGGCGAACCGUGCCAUCACCUCUGCGCCAACUUCCUGCGUCAACGUGCCGGGGGACGCUCUUCAUCACCAGAGUUCACUAUCCCCGUCAGAGACGAUAUUCGGCGCCUGUAAGGACAGCUUUCUGUACGGCGGAGCGGUUUACGGGGCGCGUUUUUACGCACAGGCGUUUCCCGGGGACCCGCGGAGUGUCCCCGGCAGAUACGCGGCGUUCAAUUCCAACUCGCAGCUCCUUCUCCCGGAGGAGAGGAGCCGAGUCCCACCGCCAGUUUUCGGCCAGUUUUUGGAGUGCGCAGAAGAUGUGACGGAUCAGAGAGCGACACCCGGGAGCCAACCGGAGAGAGAGGCGCGUCAGGCCGCCGAGUGGACGAGCUGCGACCGCGGGGAGAGCAGCGCGGUGAGGGCGGGGUCAGAGUCACCGCAGGCCGUGCAGGAGGACCAAGAGGAUGCGCCUUCAUCCAGCGGCAGCGGAGGAGACAAUCAGGCCUCCACAGAGGCCUGUGUGAGCAGGAAGAAGCGCUGUCCUUACUCCAAGCAGCAGAUCAGAGAGCUGGAGAGGGAGUUUCUCUUCAAUGUUUACAUCAGCAGAGACAGACGCCUGCAGCUUUCCCGCCUCCUGCGCCUCACAGACCGACAGGUAAAGAUCUGGUUCCAGAAUAGACGAAUGAAAGAGAAGAAACUGAAGAGAGACAGAGUGCUGUACCACACAGGAUACCAUCUCUUCUGAUGGACUGCCGAGGGGGACAGAGGGAGGAGACAGUCUGUCUUUCAGCAUCAUGCACAAACUGUGUGACAGCUGUACACACGUUUUCAACUUUCAGUAAGCAGAUACAUAAAAAAAACAAAUUCAGUACCUUCUUGCUACCACAGGAGACCCCCAAGGCUCCAGUUUAGGCCUCAUGUUUUUCUCAAUACAAACACCUUCUGAACAAUCAAAAAACAACAACUUCUUCACCAAAUAUUCUGUCUCAAUCCUGAUUUUAUUGACUUUCCAUCAAGAAAACACUCCUCUUGCUGCUCUAGCCUUAUUUGACCCUGACUUCUCUCUGACAUUGUGCUGCUUACUGUGAAGAAAUUAA